CCCCCACGCAGGCGUCAUUGCAGGGGACAGAGGGGGAGAGAGAGAGAGAGGUUGGAAAUGAGUGAAGACCUCACAGAGGACCAGCAGCGUGUAAUACUUACAUCUAGUAAACAUUACCAGGAAGGAGAAGAAGUCCUUGUCGUGAGCUGCAGGUGACAGUUUAACAGUUGUUGAGCAUGUUUCCAAGCCCCAGCACGUCCACUCCCUUCUCCGUGAAGGACAUAUUAAACCUGGAGAACAGCCACGACCUCUUGUCCUCCCUGGACUUGCAGUCUUCCCGCAUGGACUCAUGCUGCACUCAUGCGUCCUGCACUCAUGCGUCCUGCUGCGCGCCGGCCCGCCUCAAGCAGGAACCUCUGCGGGACGCGCCGUCGCUCAUGCCGCUGUUCGACGAGGACCUCCGCCAGGGGCCCAAAUGCGGGGGCUUCGCAACUGCGGUUUACGGCAAAGCGCUGACGGAGAUGGACCCGGUGAAGGAGGAAGGGUCGCACAUGUUGGAGGAGAAACACGCAAAAGAACUGAGUCAUCUGGGUCCGCCAGCAGAAGGCCAGAAGCCGGACGACCCGAACCGACCGAAGGCCCGAAGACGCCGGAAGCCGCGGAUCCUCUUCUCCCAGGCGCAGGUGUACGAGCUGGAGCGCCGCUUCAAGCAGCAGCGCUACCUGUCCGCCCCGGAGAGAGACCACCUGGCCGGGCUCCUCAAACUCACCCCCACCCAGGUGAAGAUCUGGUUCCAGAACAGAAGGUACAAGUGCAAGCGCCAGAGGCAGGACCAGAGCCUGGAGAUGGUGUCCCUGCCCCCGCCCAGGAGGGUGUCCGUGCCGGUGCUGGUGCGGGACGGCAAGCCCUGCAUGGCGGCCGACACCAGCACCUGCAACCCGUCCUACUGCAUGGCUCACGUCAACCACUUCACUUAUAACAACUACCCGCCCUUCAACGGCUACACAAACACGGCCUGCAGCGCAAACUACGCCUGCAAUUACCCCACGACGACGUCCAAUAACGGAAAUUACAUGAACUUUGGCGUGGGGGAUUUAAACAACGUGCAGCCCAGCUUCCCUUCCAGCAACAGCGGGGCCUCACUACAUGGAAUUAGGACUUGGUAGGCACCUUCACAGCAUGCAUGCAGUUAUUUUGGUCUUCAAUAUUUAACGAUUUUGAUAUAGUGUUUUGCGCAAAUGUCCUUAUAAUGAGUUUUGUGAUAUGAGAGUAAACAAAAAAAUACAUAAAUAAAGAGCACAUAUACUUUUAUAAAUGCAAAUUGUCAAAAUAUGUUACCA